CAUUGGUUGAAACCAUUAUUGAUAAUGACACAUCUAUAGCUAAUCCUAAAGAACUUGGAACACUCAUCACUAUAAUUUCUUCGUUACUGGUUUUCUUUAUUGUUGCUUGCUGUUCAGUAAUGGUGGUAACCUGGUAUAUCUGGAAGAAGAAACGAAAAAAUAAAGAAAAUGAGAACAAUGUUCAACGUUCAAAUCCUACUGAAAAUUGUUAUGCAAACGUAAAUGGCGACCAUGCUAUCAUUGAAUAUAAUUCUAAACAAAAACCUUUAUCAAAACAUCUUAUCACACAAGAAAAUCCCGUGAAAAAUUUAGAUGAAUCAUAUUGGGAAACUUUGGAUGGCGUCUAUGAUCAUCUCGGGGAUAAGGAAACUAAACAAAACAAGAACGACAAUGUCUAUGAUCACGCCCAUUUUGCUGCUGAACCAGAGGAUGGGGUAUAUGAUAUUGGUAAUAGAGUUAAAUCAAAGGAUAAAUUUCAAGAAGAGGAGGCUACAUAUGAUCAUGCCGGGUCUUACUCAGAUUAUGGACAGCAUGGUGAACAAGUCGAUAAGAUGGAGGACACUUACUCCAGACUUUAUAUAAAGUCACGGAGCGGACACUAACGAAAUACGUAUCGGUGGUUUUUUUCAGUUAAAAAGGGGCCUAUAUUGUUUGGCGAUACAUGUAUUUGUGAAGAAAACUUAUCUGGAUUCACGUAUG